AUGGCGGAGUGCCCCUCGCGCAUCCAAGAAAACACAGAGAGACACCGGCCACAGCGUGCUCAAGACAGCGGCGACCGCUAUCGAUCACAACGUGCAAACGUCGCUCAAGAAGAAGACUCGGGCGACUACCUCUUUUCGAUCGGUGAAACGACAUCUGCGAAAUCGAGCGACAUCUGGCUGGUCGACUCCGGGGCGACGCAGCACAUGACGUGCUCCAAGAAGUUCAUGCGGAACUACAAGGGGUUUGACGCUGUGGAUUUCCAUCUCGCGGAUGAUGGAAUCGUCCAAGCAAUCGGCAGUGGGGACAUUGUCAUGUCGAUGAAGACACCCCAAGGGAUGAAGAAAGGUGUGCUCACAAACGUGUGGCACAUCCCAAAGUUAUCCAGAAACCUGUUCUCGGUCGGCCGCUUCACCAAGGAUGUCGGCCCAGUGACGUUCACGAAGGAUGGGUGCUAUGGAGAAGCGAAAGGGACCAAGUGGAAAAUUGGUGCCCGUGAAGGUAAAGGACUGUUCAAGCUGCAAAUGACUCCAGUGGCGCCGGAACAAGCAAAUGCAGCCAAGUCGUCGGGAUGUCAAGGGGGCACCAAGUCGUACCUCUGGCACCUUCGGCUUGGACACAUAUGUCACGAUGGACUCAAUUGCAUCGUGACGAAGAACAUUGGAAUUGGCAUCGACAUAUCUUCGGUGAAGAAGUGGGACGUGUGUGAAGGUUGUGCUCUGGGAAAACAGACUCGAGUGCGCUUCCAAUCAAACACUACAGCUCGCACCUCCAAACUCCUCGAAGUGAUUCACAGCGACGUAUGCGGACCGAUGUCGAUGGCAACUUUCAGUGGAAAACGGUACUUCGUGACAUUCAUCGAUGACAAGUCAAGAUACUGUGUCGUCUAUCUGCUCAAGAGCAAAUCUGAAGUUGCGGCGAAGUUCAUGGAAUACGCUGCGAUGGCUGAAACGCAAACCGGAAAGCGCGUGAAGUACCUUCAACGCGACAAUGGGGGUGAAUACAAGUCCAACAAGCUGGCACGAUUCUGCGCGGAACGGGGAAUACAACAAAGGUUCACAACCCCAUAUACUCCUCAGCUAAACGUAGUAGCUGAGAGAAUGAAUCGCACGCUGGUCGAGUGUGCGCGUUGCAUGAUAGAACACGCUGGACUGGGAAAGAGCUACUGGGGUGAAGCAGUGAUGACGGCGAUGUUUCUUCGAAACCGCUGUCCAACACGUGCCAUUCACCACGACAAGUCUCCAUAUCAAGUGUGGACGAUGAAGAAACCGAUUCUGGCCAACCUUAAAGUGCUUGGAUGCCACGCGUAUGUUCAAGUGCCUCAAGACAAACGCGCGAAGUUCGACUCCAAGUCAUCACUCUGUCGUUUCCUGGAAUAA